CCGUCGGAGGCAUUUGUGAGUUACGCCAAGACAACUUCCGGUCGUCAUUCAACCAGAGAGUAGCACGACCGUCUGCUUUUUCUCAGAUCUUCUUAAAAACAGAAUCAUUCUCUGUGACCUGACAUCAUGACGCUGUUUCACUUCGGGAACUGCUUUGCUCUGGCCUAUUUCCCUUACUUUAUAACCUACAAGUGCAGUGGCCUUUCAGAGUACAAUGCCUUCUGGAGAUGUGUCCAGGCUGGAGCAACCUACUUGUUUGUUCAACUCUGUAAGAUGCUGUUCCUGGCUACCUUUUUCCCCACAUGGGAAGUAGGAGCGGGUGUUUAUGAUUUUGUAGGGGAAUUUAUGAAAUCAACGGUGGACCUGGCAGACUUGUUGGGCCUCCAUCUUGUGAUGUCUCGUAAUGCUGGUAAAGGAGAGUACAAGAUCAUGGUGGCUGCUAUGGGCUGGGCAACAGCAGAACUUGUGAUGUCCAGAUGUCUUCCUCUGUGGGUGGGAGCCAGAGGGAUUGAGUUUGACUGGAAAUACAUUCAGAUGAGCUUUGACUCUAACAUUAGUUUGAUCCAUUAUAUCGCCAUGGCAGCCGUGGUGUGGAUGUUCACCCGAUACGACCUUCCCAAGAGCUUCAGACUUCCUGUCACUGUGCUGCUGGCUCUGUGUGUCUACAAGUCCUUCUUAAUGGAGUUGUUCGUCCACGUCUUCCUGCUGGGCAGCUGGACCGUGCUGCUGGUGAAAGCUGUGCUGACCGGUGCCAUCUCUCUCUGCUCACUGUUUCUCUUUGUCACUCUGGUCCACAGCAACUAAGUAACACUCAGCACCCUGAAAUAAUCCUGCAUACAUCUCUUCAGUCCAGACUGAACCCGGGUUUGUCAUAAAAUCAUAAACUGACUCCUGAGGUCUUUUGAGUCUUUAUACAACUUCCCAAAGACUGAUGCUUGUUUAUGUUUGGUAUGUGGACCUGCCAAACAUACCAGUCUAACCAACAAGCCACCAACCUCCUAAACCAACCAGUUUGUCAUGGUUUGUUGUGUCUGUACUCGGAAAAGCUGUGACACCCAAGCGUCAGUAUGAUCAGCCUGUCUAAGCUGUGAUGUUUUUUUAAGAGUGGAUUUUAUAUCAGUAGGACCACAAAUGAACUGAGACUUCAUGAAUAAUUAUUUUCUAUGUGUUGAAUGAGCCAGCCAAGGUGAUUAGAUUAAAAAGAACAUUUAUUAGAGAUAAAUAACAGUGACACUUCCUUUAUAGUAAACUGUCUCCACUAAUGUAUCAUUUAUUUAUAUCAAGCAGGUAGUUAAUAAUAAGUAGUUCAAAAGUGACUGUAGCAAGAUUUUUUACUAUUAUUAAAGAAAUAUAAACAAUUCCUGAGUGCAGCCCUCAUUAUGAUAAUACUGAGAUCCUAUCUGCAUUAAAACUACAAAAUGUGGAGUCAUAAGCAUCUGUGAUUUUGAUGUUUGAUUAAAAAAUAUGUUUUUGUCUAAUCUCAGUCCCAGAGCUUGUACUGUUCAGGCCUUGUGGUGUCUAACUGUUGUCAAUCAAUCUUUAUUUGUAUAAUGUCAAUUCAUAACAUGUUAUCUGGAGAGCCUUUUCAAAAGAGCAGGUACAAGUCCUCUUUCUGAUGUUAUAUUAAAUCUAACAUAUUUAGUUCAAAUGUCUUGAUGAUCAAAUGUUUUCUUAGAUUUCAACCUUUUUGAAGCUGCUUUCUUGUGAUAAAUGUAACUGUUCAUUCAUGAUUCCUGUCCCUAACAUUCACCACAAUGCUACAUUUCCAAUGUGCCACACAAGGUGUAAAUGAUUAAUGAUGCUCUGUAACAAUUUCUAUCCAACCUCUUGGUUUUUAUUUAUUUUUCUUUGCAUCUACUUAAAGUCAUUUCCCCUCCUCACUUAA